UCUUAAGAAACAUUUUUUUCCAGCAAAGUUUCAAGAAAAGAAUAUGCUUUUUGCAAAGUGCACCUCUUCUAAAUUUUAUGUAACAAUAGUCAAUAUAUAUUGGAUAACUGAUAACAUUCAACCUGCACCUAUACAACACUAAGCAAUGGCGAGUUCUUUUAACAACUCCAAGAAGAAGAAAAUUUCACUCAUUGAAACCACAUUUAAGCUUCCUGCUGAAAUACCCGUUUGGCCACCAGGUGAUGGAUUUGCUACUGGCAUCAUUGACCUUGGUGGUGGAUUACUAGUAUCACAAAUAUCAACAUUCAACAAAAUUUGGACAACCUAUGAAGGUGGACCAGAUGAUCUUGGAGUUACAUUUUUUGAACCAACAUCUCUAUCUGAAGGCUUCUUCAUGCUAGGAUGUUACUGCCAACCUAACAACAAGCCUCUUCAUGGUUGGAUUCUUGUAGCUAAAGAUAACUCUUCAAGUUCAACCACGAAUGAAGCUUUGAAGAAACCACUCGAUUACAAAUUGGUAUGUAACAUAAAAUCUCUACAAAACAAACAAGAUGAACAAUGCCAUAUUUGGUUGCCAAUAGCACCUAGUAACUAUAAUGUUGUUGGCCAUGUUGUCACUACCUCACAAGACAAGCCUUCAUUAGACAGAAUCAUGUGUGUUAGAUCAGACUUAACAGAUGAAUGUGUCAAAUACAAGUCAAUGAAGCUUUGGAGAACAGAAAAAAAGAGGUUCAAUGUUUAUGAAGUUAGACCAAUCAAGAGAGACAUUGAAGCUAAAGGUGUUUAUGUAGGAACCUUCCUAGCUCAAAAUGGAAGGACAAAAUCUAAAACUUUGCCUAUUGUUUGUUUGAAAAAUACCAAUGCUAAUAGAUUUUCUUCAAUGCCUAGUUUACACCAAAUUGAGACAUUGAUCAAAACUUACUCUCCAUAUAUGUACUUACAUCCUAUGGAAAAGUACCUUCCUUCAUCUGUGGAAUGGUUUUUUAAUAAUGGAGGAUUACUCAAUGAGAAAAGAAAGGGUGUCAUUAGUGAAAGUCCAAUAGAAUCAACGGGAUCGAACCUCCCUCAGGGAUGUUCAUCCAUAGACAGAUCCAGUUAUUGGUUGGACCUGCCUAUGGACGAAGCUGAGAGAGAAAGAGUUAAAAAAGGAGAUUUACAAAGUUCAAAAGCUUAUAUUCAUGUGAAACCAAUGUUAGGAGGAACUUUCACUGAUUUAGUCAUGUGGAUUUUCUAUCCAUUUAAUGGGGGUGCAAGAGCAAAAGUGGCAUUUUUAAACAUUCCAUUAAGGACUAAAGGUGAACAUGUGGGGGAUUGGGAGCAUGUGACAUUAAGGGUAAGUAAUUUUAAUGGAGAGUUAUGGAAAGUUUAUUUAUCACAACAUAGUAAGGGUCAAUGGGUUGAUUCAUGUGAACUUGAGUUUCAAAAUGGUAAUAGGCCUUUGGUUUAUUCUUCAUUGCAUGGUCAUGCUUUGUUUCCUAGGCCAGGAUGUGUUAUGCAAGGUGUUAGAGGGUUUGGUAUAAGGAAUGAUGCAGGUAAAAGUGAUCUGGUUAUGGAUAUGGCAAAAGGGUUUGAAAUAGUUGCUGCUGAAUAUUUAGGGUCAGUGAUUAGUGAGCCACCUUGGCUUAACUAUGAGAUGAAUUGGGGUCCAAAUGAAGGGCCUAAAGGUCCAAAACAGAAGGAUUUUUGGAAAGGUGAUGAACGGUGACUCAUCUAUUUAUUUAUUUAUUGUUGAUUUAUUGAAACUUUGUUUAUUAUUAAAGUAUUAAUAGGAUAUUCUUGCAUGAGCAGCUUUAUCCCAUUAUUUUCACAAUGUUUUUAAUCUAUUUUUAAUUGUAUUGAUACUAUAAUUAUGAAUGAAAUGUUAUAAGUUUGUUUGGGUAUGA